AUGGAGGACUUGGCCAAAAUGUGGAUGAAUUUGUCUUUGACGGAGGAAGAAAACAUUGAUUUGGAGAUGUCAGAUGAAGAAUUGCACGAAGGAGUAGCGCAGGGACAGUUCUGUGUGCUUGGAAAACUGGUCACAGAUCAUAUGGUGAGCAAGGAGACGAUCAGAAAAACAUUGAUGCGUUGCUGGAAAACAUUGGGUUCAUUUUCAUUCCAAGUGUUGGGAGAAAAUCUGUUCUUGGUGGAAUUUACAAAUGUAGGGGACAAGAAGAGGAUUUUGGAAGGAAGACCAUGGGUUUUCGAAGGGAGCCUUUUUCUCAUUGAGGACUUUGACGGGCUGAGUUCGCCAUUGGAAGAUACUUUUGAGAAAGCAACAUUUUGGGUGAGAAUGGUGAAUCUUCCAUUGGCAUGUAUGAAUGAGACGACUGGAAGAAGGAUUGGCUCUACUGUGGGUGAAGUAGAGAUGGUUGAUACGGAAGAAGAUGGUAUCGGCUGGGGUGAAUUCCUUCGUGUUAAAAUUGUGGUUGAUUUGGCAAAACCCUUGGCACGAGGUAGAAUGCUAAAGGUGAAGGGCAAGUCGAAAUGGAUUGCAUUCCAAUUUGAACGCCUUCCAAAGCUUUGUUUCCAUUGUGGGAUUAUCAACCAUGAAAAAACUGGCUGUCCAUUCAAAAGCAAUCUGCAUCAUCAGGAGACUCCAACGGAGUACGGUCCAUGGAUGAGGGCGUCAUCGCCAACACGCAGGCAGGAUAGGGGAGGUGGAAGACAAUCAGCACGGACUAGGCCAACCAUGCACAAAGAUGGGCUGGGCAAGGGAGAGGGUGACGGCGCGGCUGAGAUGUCCUAUGGCAGCUCGGCUGAGGUGUCACCAAACCCUAAACGUCCAAAAGUGCAGAAGGAAAGAAAUAGUUUUUCUGGCAUGAAUUACGGAAGUCAACUAGGGAUAUCUAUGGAAAGGGAGGAUUCUCAGAGGGGGAAUGAAAACGGAUGA